UGAGAGAGUCCUCCGUGUUCCGACGGUCAGCGCAAAAGUCGCAGGUUUGCUUUUCGCACUUAUUGGCCAGAAAAUCUUGCGCCAAGCCGUUGGCCUUCCGCGAGUGGGAUCGCUACCGUCAGAAGGAGGCCAGAGUCGGGUGCAAAGUGGAGCUUUCGUGCGAAGGUAAACUGCACAUUCGCGUUGGAUUCGAAGAAGGCGAAAAUGGUGUUGGCGGAUAGGACGACGGAGAACGUGCGCAACGGUCGGCGAUCGCGCGGCCCAAGCCCCAAUGGCCACGCUGGGUCGACGGGCGGUGCGACGGGUGCGGCCCCCGGAGGUGCGGCAACGGAUUCUAGCUCCGACGAGGAAAACUCUCGCAAGAACGGCAAUACUUCGAAGGCAACAAAGGCCAAGAGCGAAUAUGAAGAGAAAAUUCGAGUUGGUCGCGACUAUCAGGCCGUCUGUCCGGAGCUAGUGCCGCAGCCCGAUCGCAAACCGGAUCAGCUUAACGACCGGGCACUGCUCGUGUGGUCACCGACACUGGAGAUUCCGGACACCAAAUUGGAAGAAUACAUUACGCUGGCAAAGGAACGAUAUGGCUACAACGGUGAGCAGGCCCUCGGUAUGCUGUUCUGGCACAAGCACAACCUCGAGCGGGCCCUGAUGGAUCUGGCCAACUUCACGCCGUUCCCGGACGAGUGGACCGCCGAGGAUCGCGUGCUGUUCGAGCAAGCUUUCCAGUUCCACGGGAAAAGCUUCCAUCGCAUCCGGCAGAUGCUGCCCGAUAAAUCCAUCGCUAGUUUAGUAAAAUUCUAUUACUCGUGGAAAAAGACACGCAGCAGAACGAGCGUGAUGGAUCGGCAGGAAAAGUUGAAAAAGAACGACAGCUCGGAAAAUGGUAGCGAUCACGGAAGCAACGAGGAAUCGGACAACGAGGAUAAGCCUCCGUCAAACAACGCAUCCGCCGGGCAUCCGCCGAGCACGAACAGCACCGGCAAUCCGAACGUUCCGAAUGGGUCCGCCAGUAACGAGACAAGCAAUAGUGCGUCAUCGCGAGCAUCCGCGAACGAUAGCAUUACCGCAAACAGCACCGCCCCAGACGGAUUGCUCGCUUGCACCGGUUGUGGGGUGACAUGCAGCGAGGUACACGCAACACCGCAAGGGAAACUUUGCGGUAGUUGCCACCAUCACUGGAGGCGCACCGGUGCACUGCGUCCCACAUCCGGACCGUCCUUUAUGAGCAAGCGUGCGCGCGGCUCAAACUUGCUGGGCAAGAGCGGCGACAGUCACAAGCGCCGGCCGCCGAAAGGCAUGUAUAUUAACCACGACGACAUCGUGAAGCUGGCCAGUACGGCACAGAACGGCGCCGGUUCUGGUGGCAAUGAUAUGAUGGGUGGUGGUGUUCGGAAGGGAAACCCGAACGACGAUCUGCUGGCCAGCAUGGAUCGGGAAAUUGUUUCACUGUUGAGUCAAAUACAGUACAACAAGCAAACGGUCAGUGGGCUAAAGCGCAAAAUUGACGACUCAUUGGAGGUACUGAAGCCACCGGAAGUGAGCACGGCACGUUUAAACUCUCGUUGGAACAACGAAGAGUUACUGCUGGCGGUGCAGGGUGUGCGCAAGUAUGGUCGAGAUUUUCAGGCGAUUGCCGAUACGCUCGGUUCCAAGACCGAAGCGCAGGUGCGCACAUUUUUCAUGAACUACCGACGUCGCUUUAGCCUGGACGCGGUGUUGAAGGAGUUCGAAGCUCACACUAGUAGCGCGAAGCAACCGAAGGAACAAUCGGGAACGGCCAACGCUGCUGCUGGUGCUAACAAUAAUGGGUCGUCCUUCGCGAAAGAGUCGCGCGAUCCCGCGAGCGUCGUAACGGAUGAGGGUCAGAUCGAAGGUGGUGGUGGUGGCGAUGCGGAAAUGAUCGAUCAGCAGACGGCUCCUUCGGGCAGCACGAGCGGUGCCAGCGCCGAGAAACAGAACCCUCCUACUUGCGUGUCCCCGGAAGACGUCGAAAUAAUGGAGCUCAAAUGAAUCGGAAACCAAUUAACAAGUCCCAAACAAAAGACAAGAUCGAAAGAUCAUGAGAUCCAUAGAUCAUCAGCAGGGAAGAGAAAGAAGGAAAAACGGAAAACGGCAACUAUCG